AUGGCCGAGACGCAGCGCCCCGGAGAGGCGUCGGGGCCGUGGCGGGACGCCGCCCUGCGCGCCGGCAAGCUGCGGGAGCUGGACGCCGUCGCGGCCGAGCCCAAAGCAGCGCCGCUGGAGACGCUGAACCUGAGCGGCCGCGGCCUGGAGGAGCUGCCCGAGGGGCUGUGCGCCGCCCUGGGCGGCGGCCUGCGCGUCCUGGCGGCGCGGCGCAACCGCCUGGCGCGCCUCCCGCCGGCCGCCGCCCUGCGCCACCUGGCCCGCCUGGCCGAGCUGGACCUGAGCCGCAACCGCCUGCGCGGCGGCGGCGGCGACGACGGCCGGUCCCUGGCCCCCCUGCGCGGCCUGCGCAAGCUGAACCUCAGCCACAACCAGCUGGGCGAGGGCGAGGGCGAGGGCGGGGGCUCCCUGCCCGCCGGCCUGGGCCAGCUGCCCCACCUGGAGGAGCUGGACCUCAGCUUCAACCGCCUGGGCCGCCUCCCCGAGCAGGCCCUGGCCGGCCUGCGGCAGCUGCGCGCCCUGGACGCCGACCACAACCGGCUGCCCGCCUUCCCCCCGGCCCUGCUGGCCCUGCCCGCCCUGGAGGAGCUGGACCUGUCCGGCAACCGGCUCCUGCGGGCCCUGCCCGAGGGCAUCGCCGCCCUGCGGCGCCUCAAGGUCCUCUGGCUCAGCGGCACCGGCCUGGCCGCCCUGCCCGAGGGGCUGUGCCGGCUGGGGGCCCUGGAGAACCUCAUGCUGGACGGGAACGGGCUGCGGGCCCUGCCCGCCGGCUUCGGCCGCCUCCAGCGCCUCAAGAUGCUGAACCUCUCCUCCAACCUGCUGGCCGACUUCCCCCCGGCCGUGCUGGAGCUGCCGGGCCUGGAGGAGCUCUACCUGAGCCGCAACCGGCUCACCCUGCUGCCCGGGGACCUCUGCCACCUCGCCCGCCUCCGCACCCUCUGGCUGGACAACAACCGCAUCCGCUACCUGCCGGACUCCAUCGUCCGCCUCUGCCACCUGGAGGAGCUGGUGCUGCAGGGCAACCAGAUCGCCAUCCUGCCCGAGGGCUUCGGCCAGCUCGGCCGCAUCAGCCUCUGGAAGAUCAAGGACAACCCGCUGAUCCAGCCCCCUUACGAGGUCUGCAUGAAGGGCAUCCCCUACAUCGCGGCCUACCAGCAGGAGCUAGCCCACUCCCAGCCCGCCCUCAAACCCCGGCUCAAGCUGGUCCUCAUGGGCCUGAAAAACGCAGGCAAGACUCUGCUAAGGAAGUGCCUCAUGGAGGAGGAGGAGGAGGAGGAGGAACCAGGGCAGAGGGAUACCACUUUAGCUGCGAUUCACAAGGACGCCGGGAAGACCCAACCGAAGGGGUGCUGCAUGCAGCCGCUGAGAGAGCCGUCUCGGCCUCGGUCCCUGAAAGCACAGCCGAACCAUCUCCCGAUUGUCGAGCAGCCGGAGGCGUCGCCCCUGAAAUGUUCCCAUGUAGGAUACUGCUCCGGCGAGCAGCAGAGGAUGCUCCUCAAUCCGUCCCCCAAAAGUGCCGGGCAGAUCCAGCUUGGACAUUCCGCCGCUGAGCCGCAGGAUGAUGCCUCGCCGGUUCCGCCCCUGAAAGCCAACGGGGAGAUGUGCUUAGGGUGUUAUUCCCCGCCACUGGUUGCCAGGUUGCCGGCCACAGCCACUGCAGGGUCGCUGUGCAGCGGUAGAGGCAUAGAGGUGACGGACUGGACUGCCGACGCGGAGAGGAGCUUAACUUUCAUCGUGUACGAGCUGGCGGGCGACCCGAGCUACGACGUGAUCCAGCCCUUCUUUCUUUCCCCGGGAGCCCUCUACGUACUGGUGGUGAACCUGAGCACCUACGUGCCCCAAUAUUUCUACCCCUCCGUGGGACACUUCCUUCACUGGCUAGGGGCCAAAGUGCCGCAUGCCGUGGUGUGCAUGGUAGGCACCCACGCAGACCUAUGUGCCGAGCGGGAGGUGGAGGAGAAGUGCUUAGACAUACACCGGCAGAUUGCCUGGCAGGAGAAGCGGGACUAUGAAGGUCUCCAGAACUUGGCUCAGCAAGUAGACGAAGCCCUGGGGCAAGACUUUGACCUGCGGUGCUCCAGCCCACACGUCGCCUUCUACGGCGUGUCCGACAAGAACCUGCGGCGCAAGAAAGCCCAGUUCCAGUACCUGCUCAACCACCGGCUGCAGAUCCUCUCCCCUGUCCUGCCGAUCAGCUGCUGGGAUUGCUGCCAGGUCCACCGGUUGAGGGAGAAGCUCCUCUCAGUGGCCGAGCACAGAGACAUCUUCCCAAACCUGCACCGGGUGCUGCCCAGGUCCUGGCAGGUCCUGGAGGAACUGCACUUCCAGCCACAGGCUCGGCGGCUGUGGCUGAGCUGGUGGGACUCAGCUCGGCUGGGCCUGCAGGCGGGGCUGACCGAGGACCGUCUCCAGAGCGCCCUCUCCUACCUGCACGAGAGCGGCAAGCUGCUCUACUUCGAGGAGCACCUGACCUUGCGCGAGUACGUUUUCCACAACCUGCCCCGGCUCAUCGACAUCCUCAACGUCUUCUGCCAGCGGGACGUGGCGGUCCUGCUCGGGAAACUGCUUGGGGACGGCCCCGCCGACGAGCUGAAGGCCACGCAGCUCCACCACUACGUGGAAGGCUUCUUGCUGCACGGGCUUCUCCCCACCCACGUCAUCCGCCUGCUCCUCAGGCCCCACAUCCAGAGCCGGGAGGACUUGCAGCUCAUCUUGGAGCUCUUGGAGAAGAUGGGGCUCUGCUACUGCGUCAAUAAGCCCAAAUCCAAACCCUUGAACGGGGCCACCGCUUGGUACAAGUUCCCCUGCUACGUGAAGAACGAGAUGCCUCACGCGGAGGCGUGGAUCAACGGGACCAACCUGGGUGGACAGUCCUUUGUCGCCGAGCAGCUGCAGAUUGAGUACAGCUUCCCGUUCAUCUUCCCGCCUGGCCUGUUUGCCCGCUACAGCGUCCAGAUCAACAGCCACGUGGUCCAGAGGUCGGACGGGAAAUACCAGAUCUAUGCCUACAGGGGGAAGGUCCCCGUGGUCAUCAGCUACAGGCCUGCCAGAGGUCCCCAGCAGCCAGACACCCUGUCCAUCGCUAGCCACGCAUCCCUACCAAAUAUAUGGACGGCUUGGCAAGCCAUAACCCCGCUAGUGGAAGAACUGAAUGUACUGCUUCAAGAAUGGCCAGGCCUGUACUACACGGUUCACGUCCUCUGCUCCAAGUGCCUUAAAAGAGGAUCACCCCAACCGCAUACAUUUCCAGGGGAAUUGCUGAGUCAGCCCAGGCCGGAGGGAGUGACCGAGAUCAUCUGUCCCAAGAACGGAAACGAGCGCGUGAACGUGGCUUUGGUAUACCCGCCGACACCGACGGUGAUCAGCCCUUGUUCCAAGUGACCUCUGGAAAUCGCCUGCCUUUGCCCCUGUAGAAGGACAC